GGUUUCGGUUCUAUAAUCGGUCUUACGUGGCACUUCCGACUUCUGAAGGAUCUGAAGAUUCUAAACGGCGGCGAACUUCCUAUACUAGGAUUUCCUUUCUUUUCCCCAAUAACUCCGCUCGUCCCCUCCAACAGCAACACAUUAUAAUGGCAACGACUCCGGUGCCUCCGCCUGCUGGCGCGAAUUUCGAUGGUAACCCCGCUGCGCUGCCGCCUCCACCUGGGACGGAUAUGACUGGGAUGUGCUUCAGGGACCAGCUCUGGCUCAACACCUAUCCUCUCGAUCGGAACCUAAUCUUCGAUUACUUCGCCUUGUCCCCUUUCUACGAUUGGACCUGCAAUAACGAGCAACUCCGAUUGCGCUCCAUUCAUCCACUUGAUCUCUCUCAUCUUUCGAAAAUGACGGGCACAGAAUACAUAUUAAGUGAAGUUCGGGAGCCUAACCUCUUUGUUAUCCGUAAGCAAAAGAGGGAGAGUCCUGAGAGGGUCACUCCAAUGCUGACUUAUUAUAUCUUGGAUGGUUCAAUAUAUCAAGGACCACAGCUUUGUAAUAUUUUCUCGGCUCGAAUUGGACGAGCUCUGUAUUAUAUAUCAAAGGCUUUUACUACGGCUGCCUCGAAGUUGGAAAAGAUUGGAUAUGUUGAUACAGAAAAUGAGAGUCCAAAUCUUGUAACAAAGGUUGGUAAAGAGACAAUUGACGUCAAAGAAGUUAAGAGAGUGGAUCUUAUUCUUGCAUCGUUACAGCGCAAGCUACAACCAGCUCCUCCACCACCACCAUUUCCAGAAGGAUAUAUUCCUCCUAUGUCUGCAGAAGUAGAGAAAGUGCCGGAAACCCACCAAUCAGGAGAGGCACAGGCUACUGUUGAUCCAAUAAUCGAUCAAGGCCCAGCUAAAAGAAUGAAAUUUUGAGGUAGAACAGCUUUCUCUUCAUAUGAUUGAGCACAGUAGAAUUGAAUUUUCUAAUGAAUCUAGGAUGUUUUUCAUCAGAUGCAGCCAAUCGUUUCAGUUAGUACUUAGGAAGUUAGGAGGCCCAAUAUGACCUUAUUGCCAAAUACUUCAUUUACAGCUUAAUUUGCUGUAAAAUGUAAAUUAGAUAACAUGAGGAUGUUUUUUUAAGAACCUUUUGUAUUCAUAGCAUUAAAUUGCGAUAAUUCUACAAUGAAAUAUGUACAAGACAUAUUUAUCAAAAUGUAAAUUUCACUUAUGCCA